AUGUCGGAAUCUCAAAAGCCGAACAAGGCCGAGCGCCCGGUGACACCACGGCUGGACGUGCCGGAAGAGCGUUCAUCCUCACGGAACGUGUCUCCAGUUAGGCUUUCCGCAGAGCUCACCUUGAAGGUGCAGACGCAGCUGGGCCGGCUCGCCGCGAUUAAAUCCAUUGCGGAAAUGCUACCGCAGUCUCACGAAGAGACAUCUCUCGAGGAGUUGAAUCAAUUCUGGCUUCAGAUUGAGGAAACCCACAAGGCCUUCAAUAAAGAACACGCUUACUUCGAGGUCUCAUGGCCGGCAGCACUUACCAAUUACGAGUACUUCUCAAGGAACGCUCAUCAACAGGAGAUCUUGCAUUACAUGGCUGCACGACGUCUCAUUGGCAAGCUCCGACACUCACUGACCGUUCAACCUGCUCCUGCGGAGGCAAUCUCAGCGUCUAGCAAAGAACGAAGGGUGAACUCACGUCUCCCAGACCUCUCACUCCCAAAAUUUUCGGGAGAUUACGCAGCAUGGCCUGCUUUUCGAGAUCUCUUUGUGAGCAUCAUUCUAUUCAAUCAACAGCUCACAGAUGUUGAGAAGCUCCAUUACCUUCGCACGUCGUUAGAAGGCGCAGCAGCUCGAGCUGUCUCAGGACUUCCCAUGACUGAUGACUCACUCGGGCCUUCCUGGGACAUACUCAAGGAUAAGUUCGAGAAUAAACGCCUGCUCAUUCAAGCAUGUCUUGAUAAACUCUUUGCCAGCUCAACACCAGUGCCUAGGAAGUCGGCAGCUCAGGACAAGCUGCUCACAGAGGUCAAGGAGGCACUUAGCACGCUCGAGGCGUUGGGUGUCAAGGAUGACUUGGGCGACUGCGCGGUGGUUUACCACGUCACACGGCUUCUCGAUCGCGUCACGCGGGAGAAGUGGGAGAAUGCGGUGUGUGCCACGCGAGAGUAUCCCAAGUUCGAGAAACUCGAGGAGUUUCUAGCCUCUAACACGGAAACUCUCCAGAGGGUCGAAGCUGUUGCAUCUCAGCCUGGUCCUAGCUCAUCUACGGUGACCUCUAAGAAAACGACCGCUCAUCAGACGUCUCAACGGAGUGACUCAUCCACUGCUUCGGUCAACUCAUACCCUUGUGAUUGCUGCAAUGGACAGCAUUUUGUGGUCAUGUGUACCAAGUUUCGAGAACUGUCGGUACAAAAUCGACACAAGGUCGCAGUGGACAAGCGCCUCUGUUUCAACUGUCUAGGGCGCCACAGCGUCCGAUCAUGCAAAAGCCUGAGAGGAUGCAAGAAGUGUACAGAGCGCCAUCACACUAUGUUACAUGAUGCACGCCCAACAGCCUCGUCCGCUCCGUCAAACAACGGCUCAUUGGCGACGCCCUCGACGUGA